CCAUCCUACAUUUCUUUCUCCCUUCAAUUUCCUUUGCAAGCACACAGAGAUGGAGAGGGUGACAAGCAAAUUAGGUCCUUUGUACGUAUGGACUGUGGUUGCUGCAUUACUCUCUCAGAACGUGAUGAUCCAUGUCAUGUCAACAGCCAUUGAAGACCAGAAAAACUACUACUCUCCAGAACCACAUCCUCCUAGAGGUUCUCACCGACCCCCCUCGCAUGGACGCAGCGGGUACAGCCCAACACCAUCAACCCCUCCAGGUGGCUACGGAGUCACACCACCUUCUCACCAUGGAGGCAGCGGAGGCUACAAUCCAACACCAUCAACCCCUUCCGGUGGCUACGGAGGCCCAGCACCUUCUGACCAUGGAGGCAGCGGAGGCUACUACCCAACACCAUCAACCCCUUCAGGUGGCUACGGAGGCCCAACACCUUCUCACCAUGGAGGCAGCGGAGGCUACAACCCAACGCCAUCACCCACUUCAGGUGGAAAUUGUGGAACCCCCCCACAUGAGCCAACUCCAUCUCCAUCAGUGCCAUCACCUCCUUCAGAAGGUGGUUACUACAAUUCCCCUCCAACUUAUCCAGGUGGUAGCCCCCCAACACCAGUCAUCGUAAGCCCACCAACAACACCAAGUAUCCCUUCACCUCCAUUCUUCGUUGAUCCUAAUUCACCCGGUACAUGCUAUUACUGGAAGACUCACCCAGCAGUAAUAUGGGGUGUUUUGGGGUGGUGGGGAACUUUGGGCAGCACAUUCGGUGUGACUAGCGUUCCAGGGUUCGGAGGAAGUCUGACCUUGCAGCAAGCUCUUUCCAACACACGCACUGAUGGGCUCGGGGCACUCUACCGAGAAGGGACUGCUUCAUUGCUGAACUCCAUGGUCAACCAGAAGUUCCCUUUCACAACAAAGCAAGUCCGGGAGAGUUUUGUGGCAGCACUCAGCUCCAACAAGGCCGCAGCUGCUCAGGCUCAGCUUUUCAAGCUCGCCAACGAGGGCCGAGUCAAGUCUAGACCCUGAAGCAUUUGGUUCCUCGUCAGUUUAUAUCUAAGAUCUAGCAUUGUGUGUUGUUUAAUUAGGGUUUUAUGUCUUUCAAGUAUCUUAUUUUCUUAUUAAUUUUUUUUUUUUUUUUUUUUUUGUAAGCUUUUAAGUAUCUUAUUAUAUCUGUGAUGUUACAGCAUAUUAAUAUGGAUACUAUGUUAACAAUUGAGAUGCUUAUUUCAUGUUACUCUUAGUUAUAAAUAAAUUGAUGGUUCUGUUUGAA